AUGGCCAGUUAUCCAUACUAUUCCCCGCCACCACCACCUUCAUCGUAUCCUUACUACUCACCACCACCACCACCACCUUCACCACCAUGUAACGAAACUACUACAACACUCCCACCUCCACCCCCACCACCACCCUCACCACCAUGUAACGACACUACUCGAACUAUAUCACCACCUUUGCCGCCUCCGCUAGCACUACCACCACCACCGCCACAAAUGCCACUGCCACCACCACCUUCAUCUUACUACUCCCCACCACAACCUUCACCACCGCCGCCACCACCACCUCCAUCAUAUUACUCCCCACCACUACUUUCACCACCACCACCAUCACCCCCACCACCAACUUCAGUUCCACCACCUCCACCUUCAAUACCACCGCCCAUAUAUCCACCACAUAAACAUCCACCACCACCUUCACAGCCACCACCACCACCACCACCACCACCAGGACCACCACCUUCGCACCCACCCCAUAAACAUCCACCACACAAACUACCACCACCACCAUCACCUUCACCAUCAGGACCACCACCUACACUACCGCCACCCUCACACCCACCCCAUAAACAUCCACCACACAAACUGCCGCCACCACCUUCACCACCACCACCACCGCCAUCAUCACAUCCCACACCUUCACCAUCAUCACCACCACCUAAAACACCUACACCACCGCCACCAUCUCAUCCAUCACCUUCAAUAUCGCCACCAUUACAUCCACCACCUUCACCAUCACCUUUACCGCCUACUAUGUUGCCACCUUCACACCCACCACCUUCAUUGCCACCUCCACCUUCAGUGCAGCCACCAAGUCCACCACCUUCACCUUUACCACCCGCACUAACCCCGCCUGCAGUGCCGCCACCAUCAAGUCCACCACCUCCGGUGCAGCCACCAUCAAGUUCACCACCUCCGGUGCCGCCACCAGCAAGUCCCCCACCUUCAUUGCCACCGCCAUUAAGUCCACCACUUACACCAUUACCACCUCCUCAUCCCGCUCCUUCAGUUCCACCACCAUCACAUCCACCACUUUCACCAUUGUCACCGUCACCAUCACCACCUACACUGCCACCAUCAUACACACCACCACCUUCUCUGUUGCCGCCAUCAUCCUCACCCAAGUUUCCUCCGAUACUCACCCCAGAGCCACCAAUUUGCCAGUGUGUAUGCCCAGCACCAAGUCCUUAUUAUAAUUCAAUUGCCCCAUCACCGCAAAGUUCACCAUCUCAUAGCCAUCGCACUGUUUAUCUUGCCACUUUUGUCUCUCUUGGUGGAUUGUUCUUUCUUGCAUUCCUUGCAAUUGGUCUCUUUUGCUUGCAUAAGAAGAAGAAAAAGUCAAGGGCAGCAUACGGAGAUCAAGGUGUUUCUCAUGCAGAGGAGCAAGGAGAAGUUCACACCUUUCAGAGCAUCCCCACAGCUAACCAAAGUGUAGCUGUCAAUAUAGAUGAUCAAAAUCCGAAUGUUGAACCGAAAUCUUAUGGUGACGGCGGUGAGGAAGGAGAAGAAAAUGAUCCUGACAAAAGUCCUAGUCGUCGUAAACGUCCUAUUCGUCGUCGUACUAGAGCACAAGGAAAAAGAGACUCCAAUCAUGGUGACAACAUAAUUGCUGCAAUUGGUGCCGAUUCAAAUGAGGAAUUAGACUCCGAAGAUGAUGAUGAAGAAUCAGAUCAACCUAAAGAUUCAGAUAAAAGUUCUCGUCGCCGGAAACGUGGUUCUAGUGGUCGCACCCAAAAAAGAGAGCCUAAAACAAAUCGGAACCGUGAUCAUAAUGGUGACCAAAGUGUGUCUGUCACAAUUGAUGAUGAUGAUGAUGAUGAAGAUCCAGAUGUGGAACUGGAAUCACAAGAAGAUGACAAUAAAUCAAAUGGUUCAGAUAAAGAUUCGCUUCGUCGUGAUAAACGUGAGUCUGGUCGACGUAGUCGUACGCGAGGAAGCAAACACAAAGAGCCUUCCACGUCCAACCGUGAUACCGAUGACCGCAAAACUUCAUAA